CAGAACACCUCGUUAGCCGCAAACUAUCCUCUCAUGGCAGAGAAUUCAAUAUUCCAUCCUUAAACCCAGAACAAUAUAAAUGUAUAUCCAUUAAGUACAAUUUUACUAUCGUACAGAGCAACCAAAUUAAUUUUCGAUUAUCCAUGCUGAAUAAAUAUAAUAUGGCAUCUUAAUUGCAGUAUACUACUUACAAAACUAUAUAUCGGCUGGUAUACAGGAUUUUUUGUCAAUACGGAGAAGAUGAGAGUAUUCCAGUAUCACUGCAGCCAACAGCGGUACUGAAUUGACAGACCGGUGAAAUACUAUCGUAACGCCGUAUCUUAAUGGUUCAUUAGUGGUUAACUAAGUGAUAGCAAGUGUUAUUUGCGACGCUCUGGGAAUGAUAUGAGAUAUAGAAUUGUUAUUUGGAAAACCAUAAAAGCCAAUAUGAAAAGUUGUUUAGUGCUUUUAGUUAUUCACAACACAAUAUAUGGAUCUCUUAAUGGAAUAAAGGUAGAUGCUCUUAUAAAUAAAAUAAAUCAAGUGAAGAACCCGAAUAAAAAUUCAAAGUUUGAGGACGUUAUAAAGUCUGCAGUUUUUAUAGACAACACGUUUUUAAUCAAAGACUUACUCGUUACAAAUGGUUCUGUAAAGCUAAUAACGGCACCUAGGAUGUUUGGAAAAUCAACAAAUUUGGACAUGGUUAAACGAUUUUUGGAAAUAACAGUGGACGAAAGUGGGGACCGAUUAGAGAUCUCGGACACUGCGAACUACAAUCUGUUCAAAACAAAUGGAUUAAACAUAUGUAAAGAUAAAACAUUUUUCAAGGAACAUUUUGGAAACUAUCCAGUUAUCUAUAUUGACUACAAUCCACUUAGAGCAGUCAGUAGUUUUAUAGAGUUGCUAAAAAGACUUAGAACGGUAAUAAGUCAGACAUUUUCUUACCAUACUUAUCUAACUGAAAAUAAGAAGUUAUGGAUGGACGAAGAGGAAAUUACUCAUUUCCAAAACCAUAUAACGCAAGGCGAAAAUCGUACUUUGGAUAAAUUCGACAUAUCUUUCAGUUUUCAAUAUUUAGCACUCCUUUUAAAAAAGCAUUUCAGGAAAAAAGUUUUCGUUUUAAUCGACAAUAGUGACGCGUUUGUGUACAAUAUGAUUUUUAAAGAGUCUCCAGACAUGGAAGCAAUAUGCAGCUUCAUGGAAGAAACUGAUGGAGCCCUUUUGACAGCCGAGAACCUCGUAAGUGGAGGACUUCUGACUGGAGUGUUACGUGUGUUCAGGGGAUCCUGGGGUAUCAACGUCUGGACCGCCCAGUACUUACAGGAGGUCGAGUUCAGCAAAUACUAUGGACUCACGGAACCGGAUCUCAUACAAACAUUAAAUAAACUAUUCCUUGACAAGAAGAAGCGAGUAGAAGUGAAAUCUUACUUAGAUGAGAAUUACGGUGGAUACCGGCUUUACACGGACGGUUCGGACUAUGUAAACAUGUACAGUAUUUCGUCUGUGGUGAGAUAUUUGACAAAUGGGUCUAACGUAGGGAACUACUUGUGUUAUCCAGAGUAUCUGGACGGGUGGAAAUCAUUGUUAAGAAUCAAAGAUGUUUAUGAAGCUGUUACUGAUCUCCUAGCAGGUAGAGAAGUAGUUGUUGACCUUUACGAAGCAUUUUAUAAAGAACACUUUUUGGCCAUACACAAUAUGAUAAAGCACAAGAAACUAUUAUCGCAGUAUGGAGUUGAGUGGUUCCUCAGAUAUCUUAACCGUUUUGGGUAUUUGACACCUAGUGAAGAAAACGAGAGUGGUACAAAUGGUACAUUUAAAUUACCAAACCAAGAAACUAGGCAAUAUUUGCUCAAUUUGUUGUAAUGUGAUCUGAAAAGCAUUUAAUCUGUAAGUCUAUGUAUUUGUUUGAUUGAUGAAAAUGAAUCAUAUUAGUGGCGUACUAAAAAUAAUUUUUUUUAAUCUGAGUAACACAAAUAUCUUGUUUUGCAGAUUUAUUGAUAAUCUAGUAAUAUGACAACGAACUAUUAAAUACUUUCGAAGGCAAUCUAAAUAAAAUGUUAUUCCUUUUAAUAAGUUAAACUUAAGUAAGUAUUAAAUAAUGAGUAGUAAGUAUUCAUAAGUGUUAACCUAAAAUGUAUUAUAAAGUUCUGUAACAUUUUUGUACUUCCAAUUUUUUAUAUAUCAGGUUACAAAAAGCUAAAAUUAAUAUGAAUUAAAAUAACGCAAUGACAUACGUUAGUGAAAUUGAGUUGUUUAUAAUAUAAAACUAGGAAUAACCUACUGAUGGUGCUG